UCAUUGCAAGCUUGCAACAUACACAGACGUUGCAGCUUCCAAAACCAUCAGUUCGUCUGUUCAUUCAUUCAUGGAACUUAUACAUUUCUCUCUCUUCUUCAAAUUCAUCUUCUUCUUCUUCUUCAAAAAUCCUUGAAUCUCCACUGAAUUCGACCUUCGAAAUUCCACCAUUAACACAAUUUCUCCAAUUUCUCUCUCCUCAUGAACAACAAUUCUUCUUCUUACAAUGUGGACUAGAGCAGUUUACUCCCAAUUUUCCAAAUCAUCAAUUCUCAACCCCAAUUUAGGGAUAGGGUUUUGUUCGAGAUUGUAUUCUACCGUUGAAAGAGGUAAGAGAUUUGCUGCGCUUUGGGGAAACGGCGAUUUUGGGAGAUUAGGCCUUGGAAGCGUCGAUUCUCAAUGGAGGCCUGUAAUUUGUCCUGCUUUCAAUGGCGAUAAUCUUCGCUCUAUUGCUUGUGGUGGUGCUCACACUCUUUUUCUUACAGAAUCUGGGCGUGUUUAUGCCUCUGGACUCAAUGAUUUCGGACAGCUUGGGAUUUCGGAUGAUAAGAAUUACGCAAUGGAGCCGGCUGAAGUAUUUGGAAUUGAGAAAGAGAUUAAACAUGUUUCAGCUGGCUACUGUCACUCAUGUGCAAUUACAGUUGAUGGGGAGCUCUACAUGUGGGGGAAGAACUCUAAUGGACAGCUUGGACUUGGGAAGGGAGCACCAUCAGCAGUCUUAAGACCACUAAAAGUUGGCUACUUGACUGGGAUCAUCAUCGAAAUGGCUGCUUUAGGUUCAGAGCAUUCUAUAGCUGUUACUGAUGAAGGUUCCACCUUGAGCUGGGGAAUGGGAAGUUCUGGAAGACUUGGUCAUGACCGCCAAUCAGGCUUGUUCAAUUUUCUAAGCAGCAGGAGUAACUAUACUCCAAGGCUUAUCAAGAGACUUGAAGGGAUCAAGGUCAAAACAGUUGCUGCUGGCUUGCUGCAUUCAGCUUGUAUUGAUGAAAAUGGCAAUGUCUUUAUUUUUGGUGAAAGAAGAAUAAACAAGCUUAACUUUGGAAAUUCAGACAAUAUUACUGGGCCAUCAAUGAUGACGGAACUGCCUAUUUCUGAAGAAGUUGCCUGUGGUGGUUAUCAUACCUGUGUUGUAUCAAGGCACGGAGAAUUGUAUGCAUGGGGUUCAAAUGAAAAUGGCUGCCUUGGCAUUGGUUGUACGGACGUUAUUCAUUCCCCUGAAAGAGUUGAAGGUCCUUUUCUUAGGCAAUCAGUGAGUAAGGUUUCUUGUGGGUGGAAGCACACAGCUGCUAUUUCAGAUGGCUAUGUUUUCACAUGGGGUUGGGGAGGUUCUCACGGAACAUUUUCUGUGGAUGGUCAUUCUUCCGGUGGACAAUUGGGCCAUGGGACUGAUGUUGACUACAUCCAGCCAACUGUCAUUGAUGUUGGAAGCAAUGUGAAGGCAGUGGAAGUAUCCUGUGGAUUCAAUCACACUGGUGCCAUAUAUAAAUACAUAUAAGUUCCAGGAGGCACUCGUAUUCUGGACAAGUUGCUCGCAGAUCUUUUAUGAUCUGGACUAGGUACACCGUGCAGUCAUAGUGUAGAUUACUCGUCUUCUGAGGGGAAUUUUGUUAUUUCCAUAGAGCCAUAUUGGUUGGUGGUAUAGGUACCUGUACUACAUAUGCAUGUAUAGUAAUUGUAAAUGGAACCACAAUAAGAUUCAUCCUUGACCUUGGAAUGAAACUGGCUGAGUACAGAAUGAACUUGAUCAGUUUUGUUUCCAAUGUGUAACAUCUCUUCUGUAUAAAAGAAGUUAAAGAUAGUUCGGCAAAACAUGUUGAGGUGCAUUACUCUUGGUUUGUUUGUGUAUUUGUUUAAAUGGUUGUCUUCAUGUUUACAGUAUGUGCUGAAAGUAUAUGAUGAGGCUAUAGUUGUGGAUCAUAUUCUCGGGAGUUAGGGAGUCACAAAGCGCAGUGAUGUGUACGCGGCAGAUGUUUUUCUGUAAACAAUUAAAAUGAUGAUUAUUCUAUGGAUUUUUCUCUCUUAAACCAAAGGCAUUUUACUGAUAAUUGAACCA